UCAAGAGAAUCCUCCUGCAUGGAUAAACUCCUUUCUAAAGACUGGAAAGAGAAGAUGGAGCGACUUAACACAGACGAUCUGUUAGGAGAAAUUAAAGGUACUCCAGAAAGUCUCGCAGAGAAGGAGAGACAGCUCUCCACCAUGAUCACACAGCUCAUUAGCCUUCGAGAGCAGCUCCUGGCUGCCCAUGAUGACCAGAAGAAACUGGCCGCCUCACAGAUGGAGAAACAAUGUCAGCAAAUGGAGCUGGCACGCCAACAGCAAGAGCAGAUUGCCAGACAACAGCAGCAACUUCUGCAGCAACAGCACAAAAUCAAUCUCCUCCAGCAGCAGAUCCAGCAGGUCCAGAGUCACAUGCCUCCUCUCAUGAUCCCCAUUUUUCCACACGACCAGCGCACUCUGGCAGCAGCCGCGGCAGCCCAGCAGGGCUUCCUCUUCCCCCCAGGCAUGUCCUAUAAGCCAGGUGAUAACUACCCGGUGCAGUUCAUUCCAUCCACAAUGGCAGCUGCAGCCGCGUCAGGACUCAACCCUCUCCAACUCCAGCAACUCUAUGCCGCCCAGCUGGCCAGCAUGCAGGUCUCUCCAGGAGCCAAGAUGCCUCCACUGCCCCAUCCCCCCAAUUCUGCUGGGCCCAUCUCCCCGUCUGGCUUGAAGAAUGAAAAGAGGGCCUCAACCCCACUGACUCAAGUCAAGGAGGAGGGAACACAGCCUCUCAACCUCUCCGCCCGGCCCAAGACAGCUGAGUCUAUCAAAUCCUCCACAUCCCCGACACAGAGCUUCUUUCCAGGCAACAAGAGCAGCCCGAAUAGCCUGUCCAAGAGCGGAGGCAUCCCCAGCCCCAUCGGAGGAAUAGGCCGUGGCUCGUCUCUGGACAUCCUGUCCAGCCUGAACUCAACAGCGCUGUUUGGAGAUCAGGAUGCAGUAAUGAAGGCCAUCCAGGAAGCGAGGAAGAUGAGGGAGCAGAUUCAGAGAGAGCAGCUUCAGCAUCAUCAGCAGGGAAUAGAGGCCAAGCUGUCUGCCCUCACCAGCAUGGGCCUGAACAACUGCAGAUCUGAUAAGGAGAGGUCUCAUUACAAUAACCUGGGCCAUCACCUGAGCAAACUAGGCGAGGAUGGAAAGAUUGGUCACAGAGUCAUCGACCUCACCAGGCCAGAGGAUUUCGAGGGGUGUAAGGAACUGAAUGGCUCUGCAGAUAAACCACAUCAGUAUUAUUGUUGGCCAACAGGAGGCGCCAGUACUGCCGAUGCACGGGUCUACAGGGAACCCCGGGGAAGGAACAGCAACGAACCUCACAUCAAACGGCCCAUGAACGCCUUCAUGGUCUGGGCCAAAGAUGAGCGCCGCAAAAUCCUUCAGGCCUUCCCAGACAUGCACAACUCCAACAUCAGCAAAAUAUUGGGAUCUCGCUGGAAGUCCAUGACAAACCAGGAGAAACAACCAUAUUAUGAGGAGCAGGCACGGCUCAGCAAGAUCCACCUGGAGAAGUAUCCCAACUACAAGUACAAGCCCCGGCCCAAGCGCACCUGCAUCAUCGAUGGCAAGAAGCUGCGCAUCGGCGAGUACAAGCAGAUGAUGAGGUCGAGGAGGCAGGAGAUGAGGCAGUUCUUCACUGUGGGGCAGCAGCCACAGACGCAGAUCCCCAUCACCACCAGCGCAGGCGUCGUCUACCCCGGUGCCAUAACCAUGGCGACCACUACGCCCUCCCCUCACAUGACAUCAGACUGCUCCAGUGCCUCGGCCAGCCCCGAGCCCACCAUCCCCGUCAUCCAGAGCACCUUCAACAUGAAGAUGGAACCGGGCACCAUGGUGUCUAACGCCCCUGUGAACGGAGAGGAUGAGAUGGACAUGUACGAGGACUUUGAGGACGAGCCCAAAUCGGACUACAGCAGUGAGAAUGACACACAGGAGCCGGUCAGUGCCAACUGAGGCGAAAACAGCCAGCGAAGAAUAUCCUUUUAUUAUAGGGAAGACUGAAGAAGACGAAAAAGAGGACAAAAAAAAAAAAGGAAUUCAAAAAACUUGUUUCUGAUGAUAUACAUUUUGGGAGCCAGCAUGCAGAUGUGGCUCCUGCAGAUUUAACAGCUAUUGGUCUUAACUGUUUCUCCAAGUGUGAAACAAUUUGAUUGUGUUUUAUUUUGGCUUUUUUUUUAUUAUUAUUUUAAUGAAUUUUUUUUCUUGUGUUUUGAUCAUGGACAAUUUAGGGUAUUUCCUACGACAUUUUUGAAUAAUAGGACUUGACAAUUGAAACAUUCUUGAAACAGUCUUACUUAAAUUCAAAUGGAUUUACACAUGUAUUUUUUUUUUCUUUUGAAGCGUACAUUACUGUUUUCGAUGGGGUUCUAUAUCUCACUCAGGUAUGCUGUACCAGCCAACAGCUUGUGAAUGUUUUUAAUCAGAACUAGUUCAAAUGAAAAAGACGACACUUCAUUUGACAUUUCAUAAUACGAGAAAACUGAAGAAAUCCUUACAUUUGCUGAACCAUAGAGGGAAAGCCUAAAACUCCCCAUUAUUAUUGUUCUUGUUAUUAUUAUUACUAUUAUUACUACUACUACAAGUCCAGAUGUGCCAAACAUAUCAUAAGCUUCCUGCUCUUAAAUCUUAAAUUUGAAAGUCUUAAGGGAGAGACUGCUUGAGUCUUAGACAAUCCUUGCAAUCUUAUCUACAAAGCCCACUUUUUUUCCUCCUCCUCCCUCUUUUUUUUGUCCUCUCCAUUGACUACCAUGUCCAAAUGCUCAGGAACUAAGAAUGCCAUAGUUCUCCAGGAGGUUCAAUGCAGUGAUCGCCCGACCACCGCCCUCGUCUUCUCUCAGUCGUCUAGUUCAGUCUUACCCGCUCAGUUCUUAAUCACAGUGAUUGUAAUCAGGCCAGAAUGCCAAGGGGCCAAAUGGCAUCCAAUCUGCAGAAUUGAACAGGCAGCGAAAGGCAGCUUUGGUGUAUUACAGUCGCAAAUUGCUGUUGUACAAUAUGUACGCACACAUUCUGCUAAAUCUUUAGCCCGUUUUCCAGGGCAGCAUGUUUAAAGUUUUUUAUUUACGCUUAAGUCUUGUAGACAUUGUAAUCUUAACUGACAGAAAUAGUCUUAAAGCAGAGUGUAUGCCCUUUGGGCUUCUGCAGUGUGUUCAUCAUUAUGUCUUAAGAGAAAGUCCAGUUUAUCAGGAUGAUUUGGCCAGUUAUGCAGAGGGUUAAGGAGAAAAUGAAUAAUGGCACUUAUUUUCCACAUUUUCAAAGGGUACGUGGAUUUGAGAUACUUUAAUUGUA